UAGAGCAGAGUGAGCCGGGAGCGGAGCCACAGAGCGGAGGUGACAGCGGAGAAUGGAGAGGAGCCCGUCCGCCCGGCGAGCCUUGACCGCGGCGAGCGAGGAUUACGCACUCGGUCCUUCCCUUCUGGAGCCAGUGUGCUGAAAGAAACCGGGGAGGAUUUAACAGGGGCAAAAGGAAAGGAAUGGCUGAUCCUCUGCGGAGGACUUUACUAGCGAAACUCCGGGGGAAGAAGUCCAAGAAAGGAGCUACGGUCGGCGGUGGAUACGGUUCUGCUGCGGCGGCGGCGGCGGCUUCGGCGAAUGGGGGCCGAGAAGGUAAAGAAAAAGUUUUGCAAACGCACCUAGACUCGGAGCCUCGACCGGUUGUGUUUCUCUCAGAAGUGGAUUGUACGACAGAGAGAAUGAGCACGUACGAGAAUUGUGUGGAGGGUGCGUUGGUUCAAACCGGGGGGGUGGUGAUCGUCCGGGAGGGCGCAGCGGAGGUGGCCGACGCGCGUCCCCCGGAGCCGAGCGGCGGGGGUAGGGUUCGGGUUAAUGAGGAUCGCCUGGGGGUCUCACUUCAAAGGGGCGAUACGAGCCACCGGGGGUUCAGAGCUGCGGACAGAAUCACGCUACUGCCGCUCGGAGGACCGCAUGUCCACGGGAAACGCUUCGUGCCGCGCCAACGCAGCGUCGGGGACUCGAUCGGAUUCGGAGACAACUCGAACCACGUUGUGUUCGAGACGCAUACGGGGGCGGGUAAGGUUUCUAGCGCAGAUAGUGACGAGGCUAAAGUGUGCAAACGUGGGACAGAAGCCAGAGGACAGACUGUAGUGGCAGUGAAUGAAAACAACGCAACCUGGAGCUUUGGCAACAACAGAACUUUGGAGACGAACUCAUCGGUUUGCGCGACGCUUGUGUAUCCAAACCGUGUUUCCAGCAACGCAGAGGAAAACAUGUUAAUUAGAAAUAUUGAGAGUUAUGAUCCAGAGUAUGCAGGCGACGUGAGGGGUACCAGCCUCCAGAGCCCCACGUUUUUCCCCACAGAGUUAGAAAUAUGCGACAUUAACAUGGCAUCCCUGUGCGCAACGGAGCAGUCCCUUAGAUACCGUUUAGACAGUGAGGAGGACGAUUAUUACGACAAUGAAAUCUUGCCUUUUUAUGAAACUAUCAAAUCAAAUAGUGAUUGUGAUCAAGUUGCACAGUUGCCCCAGACAGGUCAAGAUAAAGGACUGACUGGUGACAGCAGCGCCCAGGAAACAGACAGGCUUAGGAACCAGCUGAAAGAAGCUUAUUACCUUCUUAUCAAUGCUAUGAAUGAUAUCAACUUGGAUGUCCAACAGAUUAGUGGUGCUUUAACUGAGCAGCAGGCCACCUCCUCUUGUAGUAGCCGCUCCAGGGACAGUCUUUGCUCGAGGCUGUCCACCAAAAACAUGGACAGUGACUCGUGGUCCUCAGGAGGCGACCACAGCCCACAGCAGGUGUCUGACACUGACUCGCUUCUGCUUUGCAUCAGUGGGAACCUGGAGUCCAACCACAAAGCCAGGGUGAAUAGUAAGAGCAUGGUGAACCUGACUUUGACUAAUCUGAGGCCUGCAUUAUCACGCUCUGCUAGUGACGGAGCUUUCAGGUAUCCAGGUGGACCCUCAGUCAGACCUCAGAGUCCAGAAAUAUGUGAUGAUAAAGGGGAGCUGCAAGAAGCUGAAGGGGUUACGGUCAAUGUGGUGGGUGAGCUGUCAGAGCCGCAGGUGCUUUACGACGCCAUCGGCAGUGAUGAGCUGCUACAAGACGCCGGUGCUGAGGAGGAUCAUGGAGGUCAACUCAAUGAGAGUAGUGGCUCAGUUAACAGCCUCACAGGUUCUUCGGAUAGCAACACCGAAGCACCGGCGAGUCACGGCCCCGACAGCAAGCAGGAGCUGACCGGGGUCCAAGCGCAGGGGGCCAACACGGUCAACAAGGGCCACGGUGUCACUGUCAACAAGAUGCAGGAAUGGAUGCACAAAGGUCGCUUGUUGUCGACAGAGAUGAAGCAACGCAUCGAAGGCUCGUCUUUGACCCGCGGUGGAGGCCAGGACCGGUCCUGUCCUCAGGGGGGGUAUAAACCAAGGGCCCAGACAUCCAGCCGAGGUGUUAAAUGCACCAAGGCCAAAUCACCAACAAUCAAGUCCCCGCGGCAGCCUGCUUCUUCAGCACAGCCAGCUUUCAUUGAGAAUGUCCAACCCCCGUGUGCGAACGGCCGCGAGGGGGGGAGGGCCGCCGAGCCUUCGGGAUGGCGGCCGCCGCUCAACACCAUCACCGUGUCCAAGAAGCGCAACUGGUUACAGCAAAGCUCCCUUGGGAAAAACCAUUGCACCAAGGACGAACUGCAGGGAAUGUUGGGAGCUGAGGAGGAGGGUGGCCAAGGCUCCCAUCACCAGCCUCCACCUCCCAGUCCCUCCCCAGAUCACCUGAGACCUGCAGGGGGGGCACCUCCGAGGCCGGUCCGCCUAAACCUGCCACAGAUCAACAUCGGUCAGGCUAAGGCGUCUCCACACCCUCGAAGCGUGGACCCAGCUGAGGAGAACGACGCAGACGAUGAAGGAGAGAUCUGGUACAACCCCAUCCCAGAGGACGACGAGCCGGAGAUGUCCCACCGACCCUCUGUCCGACUGCUGGUCCCCCCACGAACGGAGCCCCAGCGGAGGCCCAGCAGAGGAGGGGACAGCAGGACCCUGGAGGGUGGCAGCGGUGCUGGGUCUGAGGCGCUCGGGGAAAGCGUCAGCGGCGGUUCAGGAGAUGGGAGUCAGGGGAAUGCAGUACAUUCCACAGAGGCAAUACAUCUGCACAGACAGAUGCUUGCGUGCAAACCUCAGGAGGAGGGGGGGCCUUCCACCAGCAGAGCAACAGAUGGUCCUGACCUGCCCAACGCUGUCGGCUUCUCUCCUCCCUCAAGCCCAAACCCAGCCAAGAAGAGCAGCUCCAUCAACUGGUCCUUCCCCGAUAAGAUCAAGUCCCCUCGCACUGUCAGGAAGAUCUCCAUGAAGAUGAAGAAGCUCCCGGAGCUGAGCAGGAAACUCAGCGUCCGGGGGACUCCGAGCAGCAGCAACAGCAACGGAAACAGUCAGCUGGAGCCCAGAUCCAACUCCCCCCAAAACAACGGGUCCGAGGCCGUCCCCCAAACCUCAGGCCCUCCAAGGCUGUCUGCUUCUGGAAGCGGGCAGGCGAGUCGGAAUGUGAUCUCACGCUAUCACCUGGACAGCAGCGUGUCCACACAGAACAGCUUUAGUAAGAAGAAGAACAACGGCAGCUCAAAGUCUGCCAGUAAAGGGGGCUACCUCAGUGACGGGGACUCACCUGAGCUGGUAGCCAAGUCUGGGAAGCACGGCUCUGCGGAGGGGAAGGGAGGUAAAGGCAAGGAGGCCGAAGGAGGCUCCAGACUGAACGGCAUGGAGCUGGACAUCGACGCCUUCCGCCAUUACAGCUUCACAGAGCAGCCUAAGUGUAGCCAGUACAUCUCUGGACUGAUGAGCCUGCACUUUUACGGCGCCGAGGACCUCAAACCGCCUCGCAUCGACUCUCGUGACGUCUACUGCGCCAUCCAAGUGGACUCUGUUAAUAAAGCACGGACAGCACUGCUCACCUGUCGAACUACCUUCUUAGACAUGGACCACACCUUCAACAUCGAGCUGGAGAACGCCCAGCACCUGAAGCUGGUGGUGUUCAGCUGGGAGCCCACGCCGAGACGAAACCGCGUCUGCUGCCACGGCACCGUGGUUCUGCCCACGUUGUUCCGGGUGACACGAUCGCACCAGCUGGCGGUGAAGCUGGAGCCGCGGGGGCUGAUCUACGUCAAGCUGAGCCUGAUGGAGCAGUGGCAAAACUCUCUGGACGGCGGGCCAGAUGGAGACCGGGAGCCCCAGGUGUUUGGCGUGGAGGCGUGGCGGGUGGCAGAGAGGGAGAACACGGGGCUUAUGGUGCCGCUGCUGAUUAGCAAGUGCAUCAAUGAGAUCGAGAAGAGAGGCUGCCAGGUGGUGGGUCUUUACCGCCUGUGUGGUUCGGCGGCCGUAAAAAAGGAACUUCGUGAGGCGUUUGAGAGAGACAGUCACGCUGUGGAGCUGUGUGAAAACACCUAUCCCGACAUCAACGUUAUCACAGGGGUGCUUAAGGACUACCUACGAGAGCUGCCCUACCCUCUGAUCAACAAGCAGCUGUACGAGGCGGUCCUGGAGUCCAUGGCACUGAGGCCUUUGCGGAUGGGGGCCACGGGCUGCGAGAACGACCAGGCUGACUCUGAACACACCGUCAGCCUGUUGGACAACCUGCCAGACGUGGAGAGGAUGACGUUGCGGAAACUUCUUGACCACCUAAAACUAGUGGCGUCCUACCAGGAAGUGAACAAGAUGACGUGUCAGAACCUGGCGGUGUGUUUCGGGCCGGUGCUGCUCAGCCAGCGUCAGGAGGCGUCCUGCCACACCAACCGAGUCUUCAUCGACUCCGAGGAACUCGCCAGUGCUCUGCACUUCAAGAAGCACAUCGAAGUCCUGCACUACCUGCUGCAGCUCUGGCCAGUUGUUGAUCCACAUGGUCAGUCUUCUUCUCAGCCCCCCGCCGCCUCUUUGGCUCUGACCUCGUCCGACCUCCUCUCGGCCCCCCCUCUACGACGGAGAAAAGAGCGACCCCAGGUUCUGAACUUCACCGAAGCAGAGAUGGCCGGCGUCCUACGUCCCAAACCGGGGAGACUGGACAGCCCGAGCAACCGCUACGCCGGCGACUGGAGCGGCUGUGGGGAAAAUUACUUCCCGUGUGAAAUGCUGCCGCCUCCCAACAAAGAGGAGGCAGACUAUGACGACGUGCCCUCUGAGGACGUAGAGGUGCCCGAGGAAGAGCAAGAGAAACCUGCAGAGGAGGAUAAAGAGCAGAACGUCACCAGCUCUGAUCCUGUCGACCUAGAGCAGCCUCCGAAACAGGAGGCGGUGAAAGAGGACGAGAAGGACGAGCAGGAGGAGGAGACGCAGGAGACACAAGGAGAGAGUGACGGUUCGGGUAAAGGACCGCCGCUAGAGGACGAAGAGGACAGGUUGUGCCAUCACAUCCUGCCGCCACGGCUUCCCAAAGAGCACACCUACCAGGCCUACAUGAAAAUCCAGGACAUCAGCCCCGUGCUGAGCAACAGGGUGAACCUGAGGGACCUGCAGGAGAGCAUCGACACUCUGAUAGGAAACCUGGAGAGAGAACUCAACAAGAACAAGCUCAAUGUCGGAUAUUGACUCCUCCGUCAGUCAUAUUCAUUCAUCGUAGCCCGGCGACGUUAAGGACAGAGAGACCUCCUUUAUCAAUCAAGGUGCUUCAGGAUAUAGCCACAGCGUUUCCAUGGAGAUUCUGUGAUGUGACACCAUGGCUGCGUGGUGCGUGGUGCUGCUAUGAAAACCUAAAGAAUGAGAUGAGAAGAAAUGUAACGGGGCACUUCUGGCAUUUGUGUCAUUUUUGUACCUUACCCAUAGACAUUCCGAAAUGUUUUAAUUUUCCUUUUAUUUUGUCAGUUGUCUUACUUUAUGUUUGUUCGGUUUUGUUUUGGUCCGGUUAUGUGUUCCAUGUUGUUAUUGUUGCUUCUCUUCUUAUUAGAAGAACCCAUUGACCCCUCAGGGGUUUAAAAGGUGCCUUAAUUGUGUGAAGGUGGUACGUCAAGAGGAAAAUCACCCUGAAACAUCCCCUCCUGCGAUCUCGAAUUACCUACAUAAACUGUUCUCUAAAUCAGAUUUUAUAUUUUCAGAUGAUACGAAUCAGGAUGUGACUUAAAAUGAGUAUUAGGAGCUUAUUAAGAGAAAGAAAAGAAAUUAGGAGAUUUUUUUCUGGAAUUAAAUUAAAAUAUUCAGAAUGAAUAGUAAUAAAUUAGGCACAACAUAAAUAAAUGAUGUUGAAAUACCUUUUUGUCUUGAUUCUCAUACUGUCAACAUUUAGACUUUAUUCUCAUAAUUCACCAAAUUAAAAUACCUCCUCAUCCUAUUAUUCCCUUAAUAUAGUUCUUGUAUUCUAUCAUACACUUUAUCACAUGUUUUGUGCAUGUUUGUCGGAACUUUUGCAGUGUCCAUUCACUGACAAAAGCACAAACAUACAUUUAUUACACCAUUUCAACGCUAACAUCCCAAUAUUUUUUUUAUGAGGUUUCCAAUUCUGUGUUUGGACAUGGAACAAAUCAAGACCUGGUCAGCAGUAGAGGAAAACUGCAGGCAUUUCAUAUGAAAAUUGGUCUCUAAAAGAAAUGAGUAAUCGCAUAAUUAACUAAAUGGAAAAUAUGAAAAGGAGUCGAGGAAACCCUGUAUUGAUUUUGCCAGUAGAAGAAAUUUGUUCCAGUGUUGUGUUAAACCACACAGUGAUUCAUCAGAACGCCGGUCUGUAAUUUGAGCAAAUGUAAAAAGUAAAAACUGUAUUAUAUUAUGAUGUAUUAUGUAAAUAUCAAACUUGUUAACUCUGCAAAACAAACUAAGAUCCAAGGAAGAGGAUUCUGUUUUAGGGUGGCUUUCCUCUGUAAGGCAGCAGAGAGCUUUUCUAUUGAGGUAUGAAACACUAAAUGUUGUACAACAAUAAUGCACUUAUGAGGCAGGCAGUAGUGUAGAUUUUCAUUUUAGCUCAUGCAGUUACUAUUGUGGCUGUAGUACGGGAGAAUCAGCUGCCCCAGAAGAAACGGUUUAACAAUGUAUUUACUCUGUGCAUUGAUUGAGAUGUUUAGAUGCCCAUCUGUGCACAGACACCUGCCAGAAUUAGAUAAGAGAUCAGUUUAACACUCUUAUCUGUGUUCACACGAGGGUCCUCAGUAAAGAUGUGUUUGAUCUUAUGCUCAGAGAGAAAAUGUCUUUUAUGUGGCAUCGUAUUUGUUGGACAUUUUCAGAAAUAUGCGUACUUGCUUCCCUUGUAAAGCAUUCGGAUGAAAAAUGUGUAAAAUCUCGGCAAGAAAUACGCUUAUUUUUCAACAUGUCAAACAGCAACGCUUCUGCUUCUCCCAGCUUUUGGCCGAACCGUGAAAUACACACAGCUAAAUGUGAAGCACAAUUUUCAGAGCAGUUGAAGCUGUUAGCGGUGGGCUUCAGUUAGUACGACUUAGUUAGCUGCCUAAAUCGACAAAGGACGUUUUCAGCAAUCCAGGGAUUCAGAAUGAUCAGUAUUUAACCUAUAUGUAUAUGUAUAUAAUUAUAUAAAUGUAUUCGGAGUAUAUAAUUUUUACAGCUUAUAUUUCAAUGGUGUAUUUAAGUACCUCCGAUGACCUCGUAGUGUUAGCAAUAGUCGCUUUCCUCCCUUCAAGCUACCUGUACACAUGUUAAUGUGCUGAACUAAUGGUAGACGUUUAGCUGUAAAAUUAUAUGAUAAAAUCGUGCUCUUGCAGAAAAAAGUGAUAUUGUUAUUUUUGUUAAAUUGUGUAUAUAUUUGAUGUUUUUUUGUCUCUGGUGGACUAAAGCUGUGUUCAUGAUUUUUUUUUUUUUUGGUGUUUUUUAAAGGUACAGUACUGAACGUUGCAUGGUCAAAAGCUUUACUGACGUGAAAGGCUACUUCUCAUCUGCCUUUGUAUUUGAUAUUUAUGUGUAAAGACACUAUUUUGUAAUGUUAUGCUUAUUUUGUUUGUCACCCUGUUACUCCAACAGAAAGAUGACUGUAAGAUUUUCUCCAAAGGAUGUAAAGGAUCCGCUCAGACUGAUCCAUCUAAAAAUCUGAUAUGGCUAAAACUAAAUGAAAUAUUGUGGAUAAAAUAUGUAUUUAAGUGCUCUUUAAGAAAAGAUCUUAUCUAAUAUAAAAUGUACGUUUCUAAUAUGCCAAUACUAAAGUUGUCAGAGAGAAUGUAAAACAAGUAGUUAAUGUGAGAUAUAAUGUGUAGUCAAGUUUGAUCAAUAGUGGAUUCUUAAAAAAGCAAUUUAAUAUUAUUUGGAAGCAGGAAAAAGUCAAUAAAUGAUGAAUUAAUCAGUAUGGCUAAAUUUCACUUUAUUAGAAACUGUAUACUCUUUGAAUUCAGUGUCAAACUCACAGUAAUUAAUCAAUAAAUGUGAAAUUGAAUCUUUAUUUUCCCACAGAAUCCAGUGAGAAUCCUAACAUUAGCCAUAGCUUCUGGAGCCAAGCUCUAUCGAUGCAAACCAUUUGUUUAAGUUCCUCUCAGCGCGAUCAAUCGUUCAAUCUAUCUAUAUAAUAUUUAGGUUGAGCUUUUUCUUUCUAUGAACCAAUGUGAGAUGUAUUAAGACAAAAAUGUCAAAAUGAUUUCUUAUUUAGUGAUGGUGAGGCGUAGUUUUUAACAUCCAUGGUUUGAUGGAUGUUUUUACUCUGCAGUUCAUAUUUCUUUGCAGGUUUUCAUGUGAACUUUAAUCAAAAUUUCAUCUCUUAUGUUGAAGUCAUGCACAUUUUUCUGUCUUAUCCUUUUUGUCCUUUGGAGAAAACCUACAUGGAAAGCAUCACUGAACAGAAAGUUGCUUUGUAUUGAUCCCGUAUGGUCAUAAUAAAGUAUAUUAUUUUACUUUCA